CACUCUUCACUCCAAUUCAACCUUCCCACACUCCUCUCUCUCUAGAACUGAUCAUCCUCUUCUCUCUCUCUCUAAAAGUCUGUGUGUUGUUCAUCUCUCUCAGCUGUUUCAAGCUUCUCAGCUCUGUUUUUUACUAAGUUGUAAUGGCUCUCGAAGCUCUCAACUCACCCACCGCAGCAACCUCUUCGUUCCACCAUGAAAACGUGAGCCAUCGGUAUCUGGAACAGUGGUCCAAAGGGAAGCGCUCGAAGCGUCCGCGUAUGGAAACCCCACCCACUGAAGAAGAGUACCUCGCUCUCUGCCUCAUCAUGCUCGCUCGUGGCGGCGCCGCCUCCUCCUCCACCGCCUCACAUCGCAGCCACUCCACACCUCCUCCGCCGCCGCAGCCAUCGACUUCGUCCGAUUCAAAGCCCGUCUACAAGUGUAGCGUAUGCGACAAGGCCUUCGGCUCCUACCAAGCCCUAGGCGGUCACAAGGCCAGUCACCGCAAGCAAGCCGGAGGAACCGACGACCAGUCAACAACCUCCACCGGUACCGGCACCACCACAGCCGCCGCCAUCACCACCGGCGGAAGGACGCACGAGUGCUCCAUCUGCCACAAGUGCUUUCCCACUGGCCAGGCCUUGGGUGGACACAAGCGAUGCCACUACGAAGGCGGCGCUGGGAGCGCCGCCGCCGGAGGAAGCAGCGGCGGUGUCACCUUGUCGGAAGGUGCGGGUUCCACCGUCAGCCACCGUGAUUUCGAUUUGAACCUCCCUGCCUUGCCGGAGUUCUGGCCGGGAUUCCGCGACGAGGAGGUCUCGAGUCCUCAUCCUGCGAAGAAGCCCCGCUUUAUGUUGCCGCCAAAACCCGAAAUCUCUCAAGCUCACUAGAUUUACAACUUAGGGACACGAUUCGGGGAUUUUUGGGGAUUUAAUUUGAUUAUUGUGUUUUUUUUAGCUUGAAUUUUUUUUUUUGUACAUAAGAUCCGAGACUGUUCUCUCUAUACAUUUUGUGAUAGUGAAAAAUUCAAUUUAUUGUUUAAGAAACUUAUAUAAUGUGAUGGAGGCUUGUGGAUUAGAAUUAAUUAAGCUUAAUGUUAUGGUCGA